AGAAAGACUAGGUAAACCAAUGGUUUCACUUUGAUCUGUGAUACUUUUGAGUGCAUGCGCUAGCUACAGGCUGACAUUUAAAUCCUUCGUUAAAGUAGAAGUAGAACCAUAUGGUGUAUCUAUAGUGUCAAGUCAUUUCAUUAAAGUUCUCGACAUGCUGCGAGUUGUACCUGUAUGGCUGGUCGUUACUGUCGGUGCUGUUUGUGUCAGUCUGGCUGUCAACCCUGGCGCCAAAGGAAGACUUACACAGUACGGUUUAAACUAUGCCAAUAGAGUUGCGCAAGAAGUACUGAAAACCUUCCUCCAAAAUUUGACGAUUCCUGAUAUCUCUGGAAACCAAGGCAGUUUAAAAUAUUCCUUGAAAAAUAUACACAGUAAAAGUGUGAGUGAUAUUGUCAGUAACGUAGCCUUCACCCCAGCAGAGAAUGGUCUUACUAUUGAGCUAAAGCAAUUUGGAAUUGAUGUGUAUACAGACUACGACUUGACUUACAAAGUUUUAUUCAUACCAAUCAGUGCUUCCGGUGGACUAAAUGCGAAAAUAUCAGACUCCAGUAUCUCUCUUACAGUAGGACUAGGUGUUGACUCGCAGUCUCGUCCAGACAUUGUUUCUCGACGCUGCAGUGCAAACAUUGGAUCAUUCAGUUUAGAAUUUAAAGACUCUAAUCUAAUGAAUCUCAUCAAAGGCUUGUUUCAGAAUAAUCUCAAGAGCAAACUAAUGGAAGAGAUCUGUCCGUUUUUAGAGAAGGAAAUCAAUGAAAAUAUAAAUGCAAAGGUGAAGACAAUGCCGUUAACAGCCGAAUUCGCUAACACUUUUGUGAUAGACUAUAGGCUCGUUGCACCACUAACUAUAGCUUCCAGCUACCUGGAGAGUUCCCACAAGGGGGAAGUUUUUUGGAAGAAUGACUUGAUCACAGAAUGUCCAUUCACACCGAACCCUUUACCUGACGGUGUUGACAACUCGAAAAUGGUUUAUCUUUGGCUGUCUGACUACCUGCUGCGGUCAUUUGUGUAUGUGGCACACACCCACGACUACUUGCAGUACACGAUAUCAAAAGACACACUGCCUGAGUCUAUCAAACAUUAUUUAGAUACAUCUUGCAGCUCUAAGUGUGCUGGAAUCUUUAUGCCUAAGAUUGGAGAAGCAUUUCCUCAAUCCCAGCUGGAAGUAACAAUCAAGUCCACCAGUGUACCAGACGUCAGUCUCAGUGAUCAGCUGUACGUGUCAUUACUGGGUCAGGUGAACAUAUCGGCCAGGUUACCCAGUGGAGAUUUGAAGUUUUUAAUCUCUGCUAAAAUGGCCCUGUCAAUGUCUGGCAACGUCAACAUUCAAAAUAAUUCGAUUUCAGGAAAUAUUUAUGACUUUGAGGUUAAGUUGGCUGACGUGAUAUCGAAUAUUAAAACUGUAACAGUAAACCAGGUCACUGACUUUCUGGAGUCCGGUCUCAAUAUAUUAGUUAUUCCUGAGAUUAAAGCAAUCGCCAAAUCUGGCAUUAAAGUUCCAGUUCUCACUGACUUGGUGUUAAAGAGUCCUGAUGUUACAUUUGUGCAGGGUGCCAUUGUUCUGUCAUCUGACGUCAUAUAUCAAAAUAUACAAUAGUAAAUAUUUCUUGAAACGAU